AACAGAGCUUGUCAAAUGACAAUGCGAUAACGCCUUUCAGCUGACCAAAGCGAAUGAUCUUCAUCAGUGAAUAAAUAAUAAAUAAAAUUACGCAAAAUGCCGUUUAUGAUAGGUAAGGAGCCUGUGAGGCGAACAGUAAAAUAUCUAAUGUCUGGUCAAUUGAUCUUAAAGGAUAAGAUACAAAUAUUUUCCAUUAAUUAUAACACGCAUAGUGAUCAUCAUAAAGGCGCAAGAGAAUUUAUAUUUUGGCAUUUACCGCAGCUGCAAUACAAAAAUCCCACGGUGCAGAUAGUUACUUUUAAAAAUAUGACACCAUCGCCCUUCGUAAAAUGCUUUUAUGAUGAUGGAAAGACAAUGUUGAUAGAUAUAGAUAGCAAAUCUAAGGAUGAAAUACUUGAGCAUCUUAUAAGAGUAGUAGGGAAACCAAAAACGACAUUAGUACAGGAAGCUAUAGCCAAGGAAAAGAAGGACAAUCCAGCAAACUUCGGAGUAGGCUGUAGAAUUAGCUGUAUGUGUCACAUUCCGGGACAAUUGCCAUGUCCUGGAGUAGUGCCUCUACCAGAUCACAUGCGUGUAAAGAAGAUAAUAGAAAAAUUACAGAAUAAUGAAUAGAUAAGCUAUUUGUUAUUAAAGAUGUUUGUUACAAUUGUAUUAUAAUUAAUUAUAAUUACAUGUUACACAUAAAUAUAUAUACAUUGUCAUUAUGUAGCCAAAAAAUAAUUUGUGUUACAAAGCAUCUCACAUGUACGUUUAUUAUAAAAAAGAUUUCCACACAUUAUGAAAAUACAUCAAUGUACAUAUUAA